AUGUUCGUAACCUUGGCCGACCAUGAAGCGUUGGCAACGCGGGCGGGAACAGCGACGCGAAGCCUUCGUGCACAUGUUCAACACAAUUACCUGUCUAGACAACAAAAGGGACGAGACGGUCCAUCAGUGAGACCUGAUGAUCCUCAAGCGAAGCCUGCUGUCAUGCGUUUUCGCUGGGGCAAAAGAAAGCAAGUCAAAAACGACAACAACAAAAACUCGUCGGGGCUGGCAUCCUCAGACGAGAAGCUCAGUCGCGAUGACAGGCAUAACCUGAUGCUGCGCUUGUUGAAACCCAGGUCAACAGAUGCUAUGUUUUCGCCAUCUCGGGGAGAAGGCGUCGACCCCUUUGGAGUGUUGCCAUUUCACGUCCACGAGCAAGAACGUCUAACGCUUCAGGGGUUCCAGAGCCACGAACGCUGGCCAUGGUGUCCGAUAAAUGGAAAGAGCGCCUGGUCUAGAUUCACAGUGUCUGAUGAGCUAGUGUUCCACACGACCAUGUUCAGCUGGACCAUGCAUAUGCGCUCUCGUGGUGAAGACGCAACCCCCAUGUCGAACGUCUUGAGCCACAAGGUCCGGGCGAUAUCAAUCAUCAAGCAACGAGUUACACAACCAAAGCUAAGCACCAGUGACGAGGUGAUUGGUGCCAUUGCGGCAUUGACGAACAUUGAGCUGGUCUUGGGGUCGCAGGCUGAUGCAUACACACACCUACAAGGUCUGCGCGCCGUAAUUGCUGCGCGUGGUGGCUUCACUACGCUAAACUCUCCAGAGCAGCAACUGAUUCUGCGGCUGGCUACUUGGAAUUACCUGGUGUACUCGGAGGUGUUUGGAGACGAGCUGCGAUCCGAGGAGCUACAGUGGUGGGAGGAGGCGUGGCAAACGACAUUCGCAUCUGCCGCCAUCAAGCCUCUCCCUGGUUUGAGCUCCCAGGAGUUGAGUGUCGCGCAGGUUCCUCCGCACCAGGUGUUCACUCUUCUGCAGUACCUUCCUCAUCUCUGCUCCCUUGAGUCACAGAAGCCGCUCACUUCUUUAUCGGAUAGAGAAGCGAUGCAUCGAUGCGACAUUUUCCACCGACUUCAGUGGCGUCUUAAGCGAAUCAUUGACGGAAUCAAGUCGUCAGCAACGAGUCCAGGUGCGAUGCGGGUUCGCGCGGUUGCAACAGCAAUACUUGUGUAUGUUCACCAUCACCUUCGUGGAAACCCCUUAUCAUAUCGAAACUACUCAGUCUUGCUACCGAUGCUGAUCCACGACCUUGAUGCUCUUGAAACACUCAGCAAAGACCUUAGCUUUGCGCCGGAGCUGUACCUCUGGAUCCUCAGCAUAGGCAGUACAACGAGCUCGAGACUUGCAGAAGUACAUGGCAGGUUUCUGACAAAGCUUUCGAACCUGAUCAAGAACCAAAACAUGGAUCGAGCUGCUUUCCUCAAGAAGCAUCGCGAAUUUCUCUGGAUCAAAGCAAAGGACGAGAAGCGCCUUGCUGAUAUCUGGGACAGACUUUGGUGCUUGCACAUAGAACAUGAACACAUCGAGGCUCAAGAUCCCUCGAAUCAGUGA